AUGGCUAUUCGGAACGCCUACUGGGGAAAUGUUGUCACUAUUGUCCCCGUGGUGGGGGCAGCGGUCGCAACAUUCGUAUACAUCCUGCGACUUGUCGCAUGCCGAAUGUCCACGUUCGGAUGGCGAUUAGAAGAGCUACUGAUGGGGAUCGGAUUGUUCCUAUCGUAUGGAGCGACCGCCUUUGUCAUUUACACUGCAUUUAAUGGUGUGGGUGUUCCAGGUGACGAGCUGCCACAGGAUGAACGAAUUCGCCUCCAGUUCGGAUCAUGGAUGAUCCAGAAGUUCUGGCCACCUUCAAUGGCUUUUGUCAAACUUUCUAUCCUUGUGUUCCUGAGGCGAUUACUUGGGACUCUCAGGUCGAUCCGAGUUGGAGUCACCUGUCUUAUGGUAUUCACCGUGUGUUGGGCCUUGACCGAGUUAUUCGGAAAUAUCUUUCAAUGCUGGCCGGUCCAGUAUUACUACGACACGCGAAUGAACGGGCACUGCAUGGCCGGGCAGACAAAGCUGUUCCAAACAUCGGCCGCCUUGUCUUUGGUAGAAGACAUGGUAAUCUUAGUCUUACCGAUGCCAGUCGUCUGGGGGCUGCAAAUAACCACUCGGCAAAAAAUGACACUCACGGUAGUCUUUUCUCUCGGUGCCUUAGUUUGCAUUUUCAGUCUAAUGCGAGUCAUCGAGUUUAAUAAUUUCCAUACGAACGACCUUGCGGCAUCAAGCGCCAAAGAGUCCAUCUGGACCACCCUAGAACUCGACGUUGCCAUCAUCUGUGGCUGCCUACCAUUAUUCAAGCCCCUUAUGCAUGGCUUCCUUGGAAAGGUGAAAGGCCAAUCUACUCGAACCUCCCGCACGCCUCGUUACAUGCACAGUGCCAGCCAGACCCCAGACGGGUUUCAUAAGAUCAGCGAUCCUCAUAAUUUGAGAGCGAACAAGAAUGUGACGGUGACAACGGAGCCCACUGGUAGAUGCAGUUCAGAUGUUGAGCUACGUGGGAUCACGGUCCACACUGCGAUCGAGCAGGACGUGGAGAGUCGAUCGCUUAGUGCAAGCUCUGGUGCUGUGGGUAGAUCGUGGCCGCGUUGA